AAGAAUGAGGGGAGAGAAUGUAACCAAGGUCAGCGCUUUCGUCCUGCUGGGCUUCCCCACGGCCCCCCGGCUGCAGUACGCGCUCUUCCUCCUCUUCCUGCUCACCUACCUCUUCGUCCUGGUGGAGAACCUGGCCGUCAUCGUCACCGUCUGGAGCAGCGCCGCCCUCCACAGGCCGAUGUACUACUUUCUGAGCUCCAUGUCCUUCCUGGAGAUCUGGUAUGUGUGUGACAUCAUCCCCAAGAUGCUGGACGGUUUCCUCCUGCAGCGGAAACGCAUCUCCUUCAUUGGGUGCAUGGCUCAGCUGUAUUUCUUCAGCUCCCUGGUGUGCACCGAGUGUGUGCUCCUGGCCUCCAUGGCCUACGACCGCUAUGUGGCCAUCUGCCACCCCCUGCGCUACCAAGUCAUCAUGACCUCAGGGCUCUGCGUCCAGCUGGUGGUCUUCUCCUUUGUGAGUGGCUUCUCCAUCUCUGUGAUCAAGGUCUACUUUAUCUCCAGCGCCAGGUUCUGUGGCUCCAAUGUCCUGAACCAGUUCUUCUGUGACAUUUCCCCCAUCCUCAAGCUGGCCUGCACAGACUUCUCGACUGCAGAGCUGGUCGACUUCAUCCUGGCCUUCAUCAUCCUGGUGUUCCCGCUCAUGGCCACCGUGCUGUCCUACGGACACAUCGCCCUGGCUGUCCUGCACAUCCCCUCGGCCACUGGCCGUUGGAGAGCCUUCUCCACCUGUGCCUCCCACCUCACCAUGGUCACCAUCUUCUAUACAGCCUUGCUUUUCAUGUAUGUCCGGCCCCAGGCCAUUGACACACGGAGCUCCAACAAGCUCAUCUCUGUUUUGUACACGGUCCUCACCCCUAUCUUGAACCCGUUGAUCUAUUGUCUGAGGAACAAAGAAUUUAAGGAUGCCUUGAGAAGGGCUCUGCGCUUUGGUCAGGCUCCACUGUAGAAGCAACGCCUUGGAGCUCCGCUCUUCUAGAACGUCAUCUGAGAAUAUUUACCCUCUUGAUGCUGCCAUUUAAUGUGUAAGAAUGGAAAUUCCUUCUGUCAUGGUAGUGCUUCGUGUAUUUUAAAAACUACUUCCACAUCUGUUUUUCCCCUUCAGCUCCUGAUGGUUAAUAUCACAUGGGUUGGUGUGGUAGUGUCUUUUCUUCAUUUCUUCAUUUUCUUUUCUUCGUUUUGUAUCUGAGCAAAGUGGAACUUGGUGACCUUUCCUCGUCUUUAAAAUUACCCUGCACAUUUCAGGAAACAGCAAAACAUACCAGGUCAUCUGAGGUUUUAAAGUCCUAAAAUAAUUGCAGUGUUUGAAAGAACUGAAUUCUGGAACAAUGUGGUGAAAUGAGCUCCAGGUGUCCCCACAGCAGAGCAUGUCUGGGAGUUUAAGGACCUCGGGACUUUUGCUUAAACACUCAAGGCCUGUUCUCCCUAUCGUCUUUUUUCUUUGCAUAACCCCCCCACCUCUCACCCAUCAACCACUGAGAGAAUAAGAAGUGUUUUGUUAAUGUGUGAGGAGAUCCUGGUUGACCCGCCGUCCACGCAGAUGCCUGGGCAGGUGGGAACCACACCUGGGGACCCUCGCAGGCCAGAACAGUGCCUGGUGGGCAGUCGACAAACAUUUGUUGAAUUAAUGCCCCAAGAUACAAAAAAGAGGUUCUGUCUGUCUGCAGGGAACAACCAGGAGUUCCCUCAAGACCCUAGUCUUAUGCCCCACGGAGUCCUGCCCAAGGGUCAUGAAGAGGAGCUGGUAUCCCUAGAAUGAGUGCUCUUCAGGGGUGGGCACACUGAGUCAACACCUGGGGCGCCCCUGGAUCAGAAUCUCAGGAAGUGGGCCCAAAGGUGUGCACAGCCCCUUAAAACAUUACAUAUCUUUUCAGACGAC